AUGAUCUCUUCCAGUACUUGGGUACCUCGAGGUUAUGCCUCUGAGUUUCCAGAAAAAUAUGAGUUGGAUGAUGAGGAGAUGGCUAGAAUAAAUGAAAUAGCUAAACUCGAAAUUAGCGAUGCCAAAGAAGAAUUGAGUGAAGCACAGAAAGCUUCAAGCUUAAAAGAUCAAAUUGAAAUUGAUGAUGAUUUGAAGAAAUACAACUUGGAGACGUACGACGCUGAAGACGAUGAUUAUGGAACAGGUGAGAAUAUUACAAUGUUUCCCGGAUUGUCUAGCAGUGAUGCUAAGAUGUACGAGAAUGGAGAAGGAGAAGAAGGAGAAAACGACAUGUAUUUAAUGUUACCUACAGAAGUCGAUGAGCAAGAAGAAAAACAAGAAAACCAAAUAUACCCGACUGACAAUUUAGUGCUAGCUACACGAACGGAAGACGACAUAUCUUGGUUAGAUGUAUAUAUUUACGAUGAUGGUGCUGGCGCUCCAGCUGGCGCCGAGGAGGAAGAAGAAGAUAAAUUGGAUAACGAUGUAGCAAAAGGAUUGGUUCGAGACUCGGCAUUAUAUGUCCACCAUGAUAUAAUGUUGCCGGCUUUCCCAUUGUGUGUUGAGUGGGUGAAUUACAAGCCAGAGUCUGACGGUUCAAAUAUUGGGAACUUUGCAGCUGUGGGUACAUUUGAUCCUCAAAUUGAAUUAUGGAACUUGGAUUUUGUAGAUAAAGCAUUUCCAGAUGUGAUUUUGGGGGAAAUGGAAGUGGAAAAGGAAAAGAAAAAGAAGAAGAAAAAGAAGAGCACGGGGCAUGUUACAACACACCAUACUGAUGCCGUAUUAUCUUUGUCCCAUAACAAAAUCCACAGGUCAGUAUUGGCUUCAACUUCUGCCGACAAGACUGUGAAAUUAUGGGACUUGAGUAUUGGACAGACCGCUCGGUCUAUGGAUAAAAUCCAUCACGGGAAAACAGUGUCUUCUUCGCAAUGGCACUCGACGGAAGCUUCGAUUUUGCUAACUGGUGGGUAUGAUGCUAGUGUGGCUUUAACAGACGUAAGGAUAUCGGAAGUAAGCCAAAUGUCGAAGUAUUAUACAGUGACUGGGGGAGAAGAUGUUGAAAACGUGAGGUGGAGUAGUAAUCCUGAAUUUUUUUUCGCAGGAACCGAUCAGGGUAAUGUGUUUUGUUUCGAUAUAAGAAAUGAGUCAAAAGCCUUAUGGACGUUGCAUGCACAUGAUGCCGGUAUAUCUUCUCUAGAUAUUAAUAGGUUUAUACCUGGCAUGCUAGUUACAAGCGCUAUGGGUGAAAAAACAGUAAAACUUUGGAGGGCGCUGGAAAACACCACUAGCGGGCCGUCAAUGGUAUUGUCGAGAGAUUUUGGUUUGGGCAACGUGUUGACUGUUGCUUAUGCUCCGGAUAUAGAAGUUGCAGGUAAUCUCGUAAUUGGUGGUGUAACUGGGGGAUUAAAAAUGUGGGACACAUUUACAAACAAAUCUGUAAAGAAUGUGUUUGAACAAGACUUGGUUAAUUUGAAGAAGAGAGCACGCGAUGAAGCUAAACGUGCUGGUCGCGCAUCGAGGAUUGCCAGAAAAUAUCAAGUAGAUGCAAAUGAUAUAGUGCUCGAGGUAGAAGGAUCAAAAAACGAAUCUGAGUCAGAAGAUGAAGAUGAAGAUGUAUAA